CAUCAAGCUGCGCGCGACAACAUAGCAAUAGCCCUCAACUCAACCCUCGCGUGUAGCGCUGAAGUCGGACUUACGCCACCAUACUAUGCCUGCAACUUCAUAGCCAGCUCUCUCCGUGACUGCUCCCGUCGUUCAACGCUGCAACCAUGUUUAACUUCACUCCCCUUCUGGGCGCGCAGUCGACGUCGCCCGCGUCGCAGUCGCUGCUCGAGCUCGAUGGAGGCAUCAAGAUUCUUGUCGACGUCGGUUGGGAUGAGAGCUUCGAUGUGGAGAAGCUCAAGGAGCUAGAGAGGCAAAUCCCCACUCUCUCCGUCAUUCUACUCACUCACGCGACGACCUCGCAUAUCGCUGCUUUCGCGCAUUGUUGCAAACACUUCCCUCUCUUCACUAGGAUACCUAUUUACGCUACCUACCCGGUCAUCUCCCUUGGCCGCACUUUGCUCCAGGACCUAUACUCAUCGACGCCUUUGGCCUCUUCGGUCAUUCCGGAAUCGGCCCUCUCCGACUCUGCAUACUCUUUCCCGGCUCUGCAGGGCGGCAAGCACCCUCACAUUCUUUUGCAACCCCCAACCGCCGAAGAGAUCGCGGGUUAUUUUUCGCUCAUCAAUCCUUUGAAGUACUCCCAGCCGCACCAACCACUGCCGUCUCCGUUCUCGCCUCCUCUGAAUGGCCUUACGAUCACCGCUUACAGCGCUGGACAUACAUUGGGCGGAACGAUAUGGCACAUACAACAUGGAAUGGAAUCAAUUGUCUACGCCGUGGAUUGGAAUCAAGCAAGAGAACACGUGCUGUCAGGCGCUGCUUGGUUUGGCGGAUCCGGCUCGGGCGCCGAGGUCAUCGAGCAGCUGAGGCGUCCGACAGCAAUGGUAUGCAGUAGCAGAGGCGCAGAGCGUGUUGCGUUACAAGGAGGCCGACAAAGGAGAGACGAGACUCUUGUCGAGAUGAUCAAAGAUACGAUCAGACAAGGUGGCUCAGUGCUAAUCCCCUCUGACUCGAGUGCGCGCAUUCUUGAGUUGGCAUAUCUGCUGGAAAACGUUUGGCAAUCGGAGUCGGAGACCCUUGGAAAUGCUGGUCUCUACCUCGCAAGCCGGACUUGUGGCGCUACGAUGCGUUAUACCCGCAGUAUGCUCGAGUGGAUGGAUGAAGGCAUUGUUCGUGAAUUCGAGGCCGCAAGCAGUGGCGCGACUGGCGAAACCACCCAACGCAAUAAGAACCAGCAAGGUGCGGGAAGGUCAAGGGGAGGAAGGGAAGAUCCCAAGGGACCAGCUGCUCCUUUUGAUUUCAAGCACUUAAAGCUUGUUGAGCGCAAGACUCAAGUCACCCGCAUGCUCUCCUCGGAUGCCCCAAGAGUGAUACUAGCGAGCGACGUUUCACUGGAAUGGGGCUUUUCGAAAGAGGCCCUGCGGGCUUUGGCUGCAGACAAGCGGAACCUCGUGGUGCUCACGGAAAGAAUCGCUCAGCCGUCAAGCGCGAAGAAGGGUCUUGGAAGAUUGCUCUGGGAGCUUUGGAGCGAAAGGAGCGGAGCAGGCUCCAACGACGAGGCAGACAGCACUGCAGUUCACGACGCCAGUGGUGCGGAAGCAUCGGUGGAGGUUGCUCAAGCAGCGCCUCUUGAAGGCAACGAAGUCCCCUUGUACCAGCAAUAUCUAGCGCAGCAGAGGCAGCUGCACAACACUUUGCAGAUGGACGGCAGCACCAACCUUGAGACGUCUGCCGACGUAAUCGACGAUCGCUCCUCGACUACAUCUGAGUCCUCGGAGGAAGAGGAUACGGAACACCAGGGCAAGGCACUCAACAUUUCGGCUGCAAUGACACACUCACGGAACAAGCUGGGCCUCAGCGACGCGGAGCUCGGCAUCAACAUCCUUUUACGGCGGAAAAACGUUCACGAUUACGACACGCGUGGUAAGAAGGGUAGAGAGAAGAUGUUUCCGUACGUUGCCAAGAGAAAGCGCGCAGAUGAGUUUGGUGAGCUCAUCAGGCCUGAAGAGUAUCUGCGGGCGGAAGAGAGGGACGAGGUCGAAGGACAAGACAUGCGCAACGGCAACGCGCAGAAGGAAACGGGCGUGGGUCAGAAGCGCAAAUGGGACGAGCAAGCCGCAAAGAACCUGCCCGGAAAGAAAGGCCAGCUGGCCAAUGGCACCAAUAAGCGGCGAAGGGGAGACCCGGACGCAAUGCAGGACGGCGGCGCGCCGGGAGAUCAGGCCGAAAACGAAGAAGCCAGCGAGUCAGAGGACGAAGUCGAGGAGAGCACCGUCAGCGGACCGUCCAAGCUGGUUUUCAGCACCGAGACGGUGCGCCUGGACUGCCGGAUCGCGUUUGUGGACUUCUCGGGCCUGCACGACAAACGCAGCUUGCAGCUCCUGAUCCCGCUGAUCCGGCCGCGCAAGCUCAUCCUUGUCGCGGGCGAAGAGGAGGAGACGUUGGCGCUGGCAGCCGACUGCCGCAAGCUGAUCGAGGCAGCGGCGGGCGACUCUGCCGAGAGCGGCAUCGAUGUCUUCACGCCAACGAUGGGCAUCACAGUCGACGCGAGCGUCGACACCAACGCCUGGACCGUCAAGCUCAGCCAGCACCUGGUGCGGCGGCUGCGGUGGCAGAACGUCAAGGGGCUGGGCGUGGUGGCGAUCACGGGGCGGCUGGAAGCCAUUACAGGGGACAGCAGCGAGGGCGACGAAGGCAGCGUCAGCAACAAGAAAGCCAAGCUCAGCCGGAGCGAGAGCCAAGAAGGCGGCGGUGCUGCAGGCAAAGGUGAGGCGGGCGGCGCGCCGACGAUGCCGGUGCUGGACGUGGUGCCGGCCAGCAUGGCGGCGGCGACGCGGUCGGUGGCGCAGCCGCUGCACGUGGGCGACCUGCGCCUGGCCGAUCUGCGCAAGAUCAUGCAGUCCUCUGGCUUUGCGGCCGAGUUCCGCGGCGAGGGCACCUUGCUCAUCAAUGGGUCGGUUGUGGUACGCAAGAGCGGUACGGGCAGGAUCGAGGUUGAGAGCAGUGGGCUGGGCAACCCGGCUGGGCCGCGCUUGUCUGAGGGCACGUUUUACGCGGUCAAGAGGAAGAUUUACGAGGGCUUGGCUAUUGUUGCGGGGGGUUAGGGUGGUUAGGUAAUUGGACGGGGAUGGGGUUGGGGCUAGGGUCGCGAGAGCGGCGAAAAGGAGGGUGCGUGGGCGGUGGGAAGGAUGGGGAUGGGGAUGGGGAUGGGGGUUUGUAUUGGUACUGCUGCUGUUGCUAUGCUAUCUUCAUGACUUCCCUGCAACAAGAGAAACGCACCAUCUCGUCCUUCAGAUCGCGCAUCUACUCUACACGACAAUCCCCUUUCCACAAGCAAACAACCACCUUGUCAAUUUGCCACAAAGUCAAACAAGCACACGCACGCAGGCCUGGUUGCCAACAAUCACAGCACGACACCCACUGGACGAAGAUAUCCUGCUUAACAAAGAACCCCGCCGCAACAAAGAACUCCGACCCAACACCCCGC